AAACCCUAACAAAACCCUAAAGCCUUCGCAGAAGCCUAGAACCUUCCACCAGCAAUCUUGAAAUCCCCAUCUCCUAGAGAACUUAACUGCCAAAAUCUCACUCUCCGAAUCGAUCCAUCCAACAAUGGCAAAGCGUCUGAUUCCAUGCCUAAACAGAGUGUUGGUGGAGAAGAUUGUCCCUCCGUCCAAAACCACCGCUGGUAUUCUUCUCCCUGAGAAAUCUUCCAAGUUGAAUUCCGGGAAAGUGGUUGCUGUUGGUCCAGGAACUCGUGAUAACUCCGGGAAUACGAUUCCGGUAGCCGUUAAGGAAGGAGACACUGUCUUGUUGCCUGAAUAUGGUGGCAUGGAAGUAAAGCUCGGUGAAAAAGAGUAUCAUCUCUUCAGGGAUGAAGACAUUUUGGGAACUCUGCACGACUGAUUUGAGUGUUUUGUAAGAGAAUCUGGUUUGGCUGUCACUGAAGCCUUGACUGUGAGUUGUGUAAGAUUACCAACUCAAACUUUCCGAAUGAAACAACAUUAAUUAAAUUGCCUUGAUGAAGUAUGUCAUUUAUUGGAGCUUGAUUAGCAAAUACUUGUUAAGGUUAUAAUCUUUUUCUGAGCAACUGCAUCUAUGGUAUUAUAAGGAAAUCAUACAUUUUUAAAAAACAGUUGUAU